AUAUUUCUUAUAGUGUGUCUUUUGUGUAGAGGUGAUUGUUGUUUCAGCUGAAGUUCCUGGAAAACAAGAGGAUGUUCAGUUGUUCAAAACUGUAAGAAGACUCCUUUGGACUGCAUCGAAUUUCUCUAGAUACUGCAUAGUCUGCACACCAUGGAUUCGAUUCUGAGACGUUUUCUGUUGAUAGAUUCGAUGAGAGGACAUGGCAAGCAGGUGAAUGGGGGCAUCCCUUGACUACCAGGUGAGCUCACUCUGAGGUCGGAACAAGAACCAAGGGUGCCCUCUCCGGACAUUACUUUGCAUACUUAUUUCCAUGUGUUCCAUUCAGUGCAAGGAGUUUUGCUGUCUUGUUUCGAUUUGUCCAAACACUUUACUGCCUCAUCACAAAACAAUCUCAAUCUCAGCUGCACUGGCAGGAGCCAUCUCUCUAUUGAGACAAAGGACACAGAGAUGGCAAUAAAAUUGUGUUGCUUUCCCAAGGAUCCACUUGAAGAGGCUGAGACUUGGGGAGAGUCUGUAGACAAACUCCUGGAAUGUAAAUCUGGCCAGAUAGCUUUCCGUGAUUUCCUCAAGUCGGAGUACAGUGAGGAGAACAUCUUGUUUUGGAUGGCCUGUGAGGAGUACAAAAAGAUUAAGUCAGUCCCUGAGAUGAUCUCCUCUGCCAAUAGGAUCUACUCAGAGUUUGUCCAAGUGGAAGCCCCCAGACAGAUCAAUAUUGAUUGCGGGACCAGAGAAAACAUAACCAAAAACAUCUCCCAGCCCAGCCUGUCCUCCUUCGACACAGCACAGAAGCUGAUCUACAGUCUGAUGGCCAGGGACUGCUACCCACGGUUCCUCAAGUCGGACCUUUACCAGGCACUGCUGAUGAGAGCAGACUCAAGGUGACUCUCUCAAACUAUGGGCUCACCAACUGUGGUUUCUCAUCUUUUUAUCUCACAGUCUUAUCACUCAUUUAUUGUUUGUUCCACUUCAAAAUAGUAGUACAGGUAGCCAUGCCUACUGUCGAUGAGUAAUUGACUAGUCAAUGAUGGGUGAAGAGGCGUUUAACUCAAAUGUGUGAAGUACUUUAACCUUUAGAUUUCUGGAACAAUGUGACCGUUUUCAAUGCUGCAUUUAUGAACUUGCAUAUCCGUCCCCUCAGAUGAUAAGACAAUUAUUUCAACAAUAUUAUAACAUUUGGAUUUGUCACAAUUUUAAAUUCGGAAAAAUCUGGUGUCUCAUUUUAAAUAUACAUUGCAAAAUGUUACAGUUUGUUUGUUUUUCAAAGUGGCUAACCUCUGUAAUUAAUUAUAUGAUUUAAUGAACCCAAAUACAAAUAAGGGAUUCUUUAAUAAAUAAAUAAAAACACCAAUGCAUUGGACUGAAGCUUAGGGGAUGUCAGUUUGGGUUGUGCCUGUUGUAUUGAUGUGAAACAUACUGUGACCCUUACUCUCUCUUAGUUCUCUCUUAGUCCAAGGAGAAUUAGCUCCACUAACUAUCAAUUUCUCCAGCACUAGGUGGAAGCAAAGCUCUUUAAAAGACAGAGGUGCGGGAUUUCUCACAAUGCUUCUGCAUCGUGCUUUCCCCUAGUACAGUUUCCUGAAACUCCAUUGUACUGUGUGUAUUGGUCUCUGCAAGUCAUAAUAAUGGCAUUGACAGGAAAGGUGUCCUACACAACUUUUGUGUAAAACCACUAUUCCUUAUUCUAUCCUCUGCCCAAUGCCUAACCAUGAAUUACAGUUAAAGAAUGAAGUGAAAACUGCAUUUCAAAGCAAAAAUUUGACUACGCUGCACAAGAUAAUACAUUUCUCAAUAAAAAUAGAAAGACAAAUAUAUCAGCCAACAUGGUCCUGCAACAGCAAAUAAAAUUGUGCAUGCCUUAUGCAACUCAAAUGGGGAUGCAAUCUGAGCCUGAAUGCACCAAGCAAGUUACUAUGAUAUAUGAGAGGAUAGAUCUCAUCUCAUGAUAUUGUGGGCACAAACCGCCACUACCACUUAGACAGUGAAAGUGGAAGUUGGGUUGUCUUGGACAUUUUGUUCAGCUGUUUUUGUUCUUGUGGAAUAGCCAGAUGACAAUCAGAAGCAGGGGUGGCAGGGGGUGGAGUUGUGUAAACCACAACACCAAUUGGUGGAGAGUGACAUUUUUGGGACACUGAAUUAAAAAAUUAUUUCCGUAUAUCUACACAAUUUGUAUCUUUCAAGUGUACACUGUUAGUACUUGUUUAUCAGCUAUGCAAAUUAGCCUCUCAUGCACCUUUGAGAAACCAAGUUGAUUGGUGACUCACGUUAGCAGCGUCUAAGCAACAAGAGUAGAGUGUCACACAGUACAGAUGGCUAAGUGUCUCAUCACCAACAAGGAAGGUUGGGGGGGGGGGAGGGGCAAGGGGGAUUUAUGGUACUUCAACUGCAUUAUAUUUGAACUGCUCAAUCACUCCAACAGUAAAUUAUUGUUACAUGCUAUUGUACAGUUUAUUCGAAGUUAAGAAACUGUGGCUGGCAACUACUCAACAAUAAUACUGGAGGAGAAUGCUUGCCUUGUUCCGUAACAUUAGUUUGAUAAUGCCACUUUUAUGACAAAGGUUCAGGUUUGUUUUUUUGACAGUGUUUCACUACCAGAUGAAUGUGUCAGCACGUGUUCACGUUUUCCAUACACGUGCUUAGUGUUUUAGCACUUUGAAAAAAGAAUUUCAGAGCUUAAACAAAAUAAACAAAGCCACAGGUAAGCAUUUGCUUAUCUGCUGUUGAAUUUUCCAAUGUCACAUUUGCAUCCUCUGGCCUUAAUCUGUACAAGUGAUGAUGACAAGGGCUGGUUUCUGAACGCACUAGCACACAGGCGCAUUGCGCUGGUUUUAGUCCGUUAGCGUCAUAUCCAACUUCCUCUAUAUCUGCGGUUAGGUAUGCAUGAAGCGGUGACGCUAGACAGGGACCUAACAACAACCUACAUCUUGACAAUAUAAAGUCUGGUUCAGGAGCUGAAAAUCAAACACAGGCUGUGACAGUCAGCAGAGACUCAACAACACACUUAAUAUAGACACACAAAGGCAUCUACAGCACAUGCUGGUCUCCAUGCUCCUCUCUCUCCAGCAUGCCUAGUUUAGCCACCUCAACACCCCAACAGCUGCAGUCACUUAACAUGAACGGUGAAGACAAGACAAGAAAAAAGACCAGGACCUGUAUCUUGACGUCCCGGCUACAUUGCAAGUCCUCCCAGAAAGCAGUCUCCAAUGGACUUCGCCCAGAGGAACUAAUCCAGUGGUCACAGUCUUUGGAAAGACUUCUUGCAUCAAAAUAUGGCACGGUAGUAUUUAAAACCUUUCUGAAGUCAGAAUUCAGCGAUGAGAACAUUGAGUUCUGGCUUGUAUGUGAGGACUACAAAAAGAUCAAGUCUUCCUUCCGAAUGUCAUCCAAGGCCAUGAAGAUCUACAA